AUGGGAGCGCAGGGGGUGUGCGAUGGAGCGGCGGAGGCGCUGAGGAAGAGCAAGAGAGGAGAGGGAGUCAGGCAGGUCCUGUACUCGAUGGAUCUUCCGGCUUCCGCGAAGCCUCAACUGCAGGCUAUCGUGUUCGGCGUGCUCAAGAACGAGGAGCUGCUGCUGACGGUCGCGCGAGAGUCUGGGUUGAUGUCGCAGAUACCAAGCUCGAUGCUCCGGCCGGACGACAAGCUUCUCCUCGUGCUUCUGUACGAGGCGCUGCUGGGCUCCAGGAGGGUCCGGGGAACUGCUCCUCUAGUUGACAUCGUCAAGAGGAACAAGGCGAACCUGCAGAAGACGCUAGCGGAGAAACGAAAGAAGGGGCAGGCGGCAGCGUAUGCAGAGAAGAUUCGCCUCCCUCGGUACGUCAGAGUGAACGUCAGAAAGACAAACAUGGAGUCUGUCCUGCAAAGUUUUCAGCUCAAGGGAUGGAAUGUCAAAACCGUCCCGUCGGAAAAGUCGAGCAAGAAGCAAACGGCUGACGCGGCCCCGGCCAAGAAGAACAACAUGGUGGAGCCGCCCAAGGGGACCAUCGUCAUGGACAGCAUCAUCAAGAACCUCCUGGCCUUCCCUGCUGGGACGAGUCUCUUCGCCGAUCGGAUGUUCCAUGGGGGAGAGAUCAUCCUCCAAGAUCGCUCCUCCUGCCUGUCUGCCGUAGCUCUCGACCCCCUUCCUCCUGGCGCCAUCUGUGUAGAUACAUGCGCAGCCCCGGGAAACAAGACGUCGCACGUGGCGGCUCUUCUGUACGAGGCUCACUCGCAAGCUCUGCUGGAAGGAGCCACAGGGAAGGAGGCGAAGAAAGGACAGAUCCUCGCAUUCGAGAGGGACAAGGUCCGUGAGUCUGUCCUCCGUAAGCAGAUGGUCAAGCUCGGAUGCAACGACGUCGUUGAAGUGCACGGCCAGGACUUCUCGGAUGCUGCCAGGCGAGCCAUCGCAGGAGACACCAGCUCCACCUCCUCCCUCCUCAGAGAGGCUUCGCAUUUCCUCGUUGACCCCUCCUGCUCCGGCAGCGGACUGGUCGCGCAGUAUCAUGGGUCGAGCUCAGGCGUGCAGACAGGAGAGGAGGAGAAGGAGGAGCAGAGCCACGAGCACGACGAGCAGGACGGGAACAAUAUCGCCUCUCUCGCAGCCGAGCAGGUCAAACUCGUACUUGACGCCAUGUCCCUGCCCAAGGCAGAGGUGGUCGUGUACAGCACGUGCAGCGUACACCAGGAGGAGAACGAGGACGUGGUGGCGAAGGUCCUACAGGCCACCAGGAGCUUCAAGCAGGUGGCUGCCAUCCCCUCCUGGCCUCAUCGGGGCCUCGCGACUGCCGGACCUCAUGGCCCUCUGUGCGUGCGAGCAAGUCACGACAAGGACUCCACCAACGGCUUUUUCGUUGCUCGUUUCGAAAGGAUCCGGGGCGAGGUCGACGGCAAGGGAGGAGCUGGGCAGGGAGGGGGCGAAAAGAAGCGGAAGGGAGAGGAGCAGCGAGGACGAGACGAGAAGAAGGGGAAGAAGAGUAAGAACGAACAGAAGGGAGGAAACACCCGAACGUCAUCUAAGAAGUUUAAGGACGCUGUUGACAUAGAUUGA